AUGGCAAGCCGCCUAUCAAAUGGCCAUGAUCAACCGCGCUUUCUCAUAUGGGGAGGCAACGGAUGGAUUGCUGGGCAUUUGAAGCGCCUCUUGGAGGAACAGGGCAAAGAAGUCCACACCACGACAAUCCGCAUGGAAAAUCGAGAGGCUGUCUUUUCUGAGCUCUUCCUAACCAAGCCAACCCACGUCCUCAACGCUGCUGGAUGCACUGGCAGACCCAACGUCGAUUGGUGCGAAGACAACAAGACGCAGACGGUGCGAUCCAACGCCAUCGGUACGCUCAACUUGGCAGACGCCUGCUUCCAGGCGAAUAUCCAUUGCACUGUCUUCGCCACAGGUUGCGUGUACCAGUACGAUAAGACGCAUCCCAUCGGCGGGCGUGGCUACACGGAGGAAGAUCGUCCAAAUUUUGAGGGGAGCUUUUAUUCCCUAACCAAGAGUCAUGUUGAACCGAUCUUGAGUAGCUAUCCAAACUGUCUCAUUCUUCGCCUCCGCAUGCCUGUUAGCGAUGACCUCCACCAUCGCAAUUUCGUGACCAAGAUCAUUGGCUACGACAGGGUGGUUGACAUUCCCAACAGCAACACUAUCCUUCAUGACCUUCUGCCAGCUUCCAUUAUCCUCGCAGAACAUGGCGAAACCGGCGUGUAUAACUUUACCAAUCCAGGCGCGAUUUCGCAUAAUGAGGUUCUUACGCUGUUCAAGGAGAUUGUGAGGCCCGGACUCAGCUGGAAGAACUUUACGCUCGAGGAACAAGCCAAAGUCAUCAAGGCAGCCCGAAGCAACUGCACUCUCGAUGUGACCAAGCUGGUUACCAAGCUGAAGGAAUACAGAUACGAGAUCCCCGAGAUUCACGAAGCUUACGAACAAUGUUUCAAGAGAAUGAAGGCUGCGGGUAUUGAAUAG